AAAGAACAAGCUAAUAAACCCUCAGCCACAAUGGUACAUUUAAUCUACUUUCCCAACAUUUUUCAGACUAACAUAUGUUGAAACAAAAUGCUUUAUUCUAUUCAGGAUCUUCAACAGUCUUUGGUGGCAGAUUUUGGAUCGAAUGCAAUAGAGGUUGACGUUGAUGUUGGAGACAAGCCAGACAACCAAGAAACGGCAGUUAACAACAGAGAACAUGCUAAUAAACCCUCAGAAAUCAUGGAUCAUCAACUUAAGUCUUUGGUGGCAGAUGUUGGAUCGAGCCCAAUAGAGGUUGGUGCUCAAAUCGGAGACAAUCGAGAAUUGGCUUUUAACAACGGAGUACAUGUUAAUAAACCCCCGGAAACCAUGGAUCAUCAACCUGUGUCUUCUUUGGUGGCAGAUGUUGGAUCGAAUGCAAUAGAGGUCAUUGAUUUUGUUUGCAAGGAGCUAAAUAUUGCAUACCCUAAACAUGUGUGUAUACGCUGUACACUACACAACGAUCCAAAAAGUACAGAUCAUGGGAAGAUGCACGAAUUUCUGCCUACUUUAAUUCCAAAAUCAGUGUCAACCUGUAGCAAGAUUUUGGUACCGGUUCAAGAUGAGCGUAAUUGGUUCCUGCUGGUAGUUGACAUGAUAGAGAAGAAAACAUAUAUGAUCGACCCUCUCAGUAGAGUACGGAACAUACAUCAUGACGCUCUGAAAAGAAUGAUGCAAGAAGUUAGAAAGUGUCUUUCCUCAAAUAGGCAGAAUGGGCCUUUCAGUACAAUAGACAAAUGCGACAGUGGUGUAUUUGUGAUUCGAAUGAUGGACAUUAUUAAUCUUACACUCAGGGGAGAAACUUUCAGCAAACAUAAAUUCUCGCCUCUUGAUAUGGAUGUAGAAGACUGGCGUUUGAAGAUGGUGGUGCGCCUCAUUCGCAGUAAGAAUAAUUCAAUUAAGGACAAGGUCAUCCAAAAUGCAAUUAGGGGGUCCUAUCAUGUGCAGUUGUAA